UUUAUAUACUUGUGGAAAAUUGUCAAAAUUUUAUAUUCCACAGUCCAUCUAUGCAAUAUAAUUUGGUGAUUAGAUUCAUUGAUGUUGUGACGUGUAAUAAAUUUUUAACUAAAAAAAAAGAAGUUAAUUUCAUCGUGAAUCAAUAUAGUGUAGAUAAAGAAACCCUAGUAACUAAUAGUUUAGAUUUUUAUUUUAAGAAAUCUCCUACAAUGAUGUACGAUGAAGAUUUGGACGGUUCAUCUGGAAGGAAUGUGAUUAGUCAAAAAAUGUUUCGAAUGUCACAGUUUUAUCAAAGUUGGCUAGACCGUUGUGCUCCACAUGUUAUAUGGAGAUGGGUUUUCGCAGUAGCUUUAAUAAUAAUAUUUCUAAUUCGCAUUCUUGUGGUACAGGGAUGGUAUAUAAUCACAUAUGGUCUGGGCAUUUAUCAUCUUAACUUAUUUAUUGCAUUUCUUACACCAAAAAUAGAUCCAGCAAUGGAUUUCGACGACUCAGAUGGACCAGAAUUACCAACAAAAUCCAAUGAGGAAUUUAGGCCAUUUAUACGACGGUUACCAGAAUUUAAAUUUUGGCAUGCAGUAACAAUUUCUACAAUUAGUGCAACUAUACUAACCUUCUUCGAUAUGUUCAAUAUUCCAGUAUUUUGGCCUAUUCUUGUUAUGUAUUUUAUUACUCUUUUCUGCAUUACCAUGAAACGACAAAUUAAGCACAUGUUGAAAUAUCGAUACUUGCCGUUCACACAUGGGAAACCACGAUAUCAAAAUCACGAAGACACAACUAGGUUGAUGAAAUGAGAUGUUUGAUUUGUGUGAGCAUAUUAGGUUUAUUAUUAUAUUUCAAAUUUCAAUGUGUAAAUGUGCGAAGACUUCUAUUGAAAAAAAAAUUUUUGUCCCAUUAGUAAUUUUUUUUAUAUAUAUAUAUAGAAUGAAUCAGUGUAUGAAAGUAAAUAUGUGAAAAUGGAAGAAAAUGUUAAGUAUGUAUGAGAUUAAAAAAGCAAAUGAAUAAUUCUUUAUAAAUGGAAUGAGACAAUUUUUUGAAUCUUGUGUAAAAUUGAAUUGUCUUAAUAUAUUUGUAUAAUAAAACUUGUACAAAGUA